CUCCUCCGCGCCUGUCCAAAACCCCGGCAUUCGAUUCCACUAAUCGCCACCGCAGCCGCCGACGCUGCGAUGGUGAAGGAGCUUCGCCGCUUCGACAACGAGGCACAGCGCAAGAGGAGCUUCAACAGGCGCAUCAGCACCGUCCUCGUCAUGGCUCGCGACCUCUCCGAGGAAUUCGGCCCCCACGUCGUCGUCGUCGCAUUCUCCCCUGCCGGCGAGCCCCACGCCUUCGGCGGGCCCACUGCCGACUCCGUCCUCCGCACCUACCUCCCCAUCGCCACCCCCGCCGCCGCCGCGUCAUUUCCCUCUGGCGCCGAGACGGUGUGGGAGGCCGCGGCCCGCGUGGUCGGGAUGAGGCAGGAGAUGGAGGAGACCAAUGUCCUUGUUGCGUCGGAGUCGAAGGGGUUGGUCGCCGCCGCGGGGAAGAUCAGGGCGGCACAGGCGAGCGCGCGGAAGCGGAACUGGUGGGAGGUGGACGUGGAGGCCCUCGGGGAGGAGGAGCUGCCGGUGUUCGUCAGGGCGCUCGAAUUGCUCAGGGCCGAUGUCCAAGGCCGCCUCGACGCCAUGGCAUCAGCCCGGCAGCCGCUGCCGUGGAAGGAGAAUCAGCAGCAGUAGUGGUAGUAUUCAUCAGGUUACUGCUUACUUGCUCCAAGGUACCUGACAAUUAUGCUCUACUGAAGUACUGAUUACUUCUGAUAAUCUGUAUGUCAUCCGUUUAGUGUCUCUUUAUCAACUUCCUUUCAAAGACUACUCAGACUUACUCUUGCUUGCUGAAAUGUACUUGCGCUGUGCCACUGUAUAUGGUCCUUCACUCCUUCCCACGAAGAAGAAAAACUAAGUCAAAAGGUUGUUUUGAGCCUCACUGCCUCUGUUCUUGAAUGAGGUCUGAGGUGCAUCACUGGUUUUUCAGGGAUUUCAAGAUAUAAGAUAUAGCACCAAAUAAACUCAUUUUGCCAUUUUAAUGUGCUUGUUCAUAAUCUUUCUGUCUGUCCUCAUUACAUUUAACCACACUAAUUUUUUUUCUCUACUUUUCUGUAUUUUACUAAUCUUUCUGUAUGUUCCCUUCUUAUACAUGACAGUCAUCUUAAACUUUUUCUGUACUUAAGUACCUUUCUAUCUGCCCUCUUUUGUACACCAUAAUCGUGAUUUUCUGUAGUCUUUAUAUUUGAAUCGAUCAAUAACCUAUUACCUCAUUCUGUUGCACAAAACCAUAUCUUCUUGUUUGAACUCAGUUUUUAAAAUAAAUUAUUUUCUGGUUUCAUAACUAAUCCCUAAUGCAAGUGCAUAACUAUAUAAACCUAUGAGCAACCUUUAUCUUGUUCUUUUAUGACAUUCGUGGUGAAUAAGAUGAGGCCGUUGGCUACUAAUUGACCUAAGGCCAGUACAUUUAGGCUUUUGUAGAUCAAGCUAGGGAUGUUCCAUGGCCAUCAGGUUUACAAAGUUGAUGAAUACCCGUUAAUUUGCUCAAUUCUCGCAUAUCAAACUGGCAGCAAAGUCUUAUAUUCUAUUUGGGUACACAGUCAUCGUUUUGUGUGUGGUUCUAAAAUUAUGUUCAUGGACCUUGUAACUGAUGCUUCUGUGUUUCUUCGUGAGAAGAGAUGCAAUUGCAGCUUACUUUUCCUAUAGCAUAUGUUGUGCCGCAAAUUGACCUUUUCAAUCUGAUACGAUAUGCUACAGCUUCAGUUUCAUCGGUGACAAUUAAGUUCAUUUUUUUCUCCUAAGAGCAGCUCCAGCGGCGAAUUCUUGAUGGUGCUAGGAGGAAAGAGGGAAAGAUUCUCAGGGUGUUUCAUAUUGGAACAUAGGUGUCAGGUCACUGAAAUUCAGUUUCAUCAAACGAACUUGUCUCUAUCAGUUAUCCAAAGCCGGCGAUCAGCAGGAGAAGAGUGAAGCGGUAUGAGGUGAUCUCAGGCGUCCAUUUUAAAUCCAGCGGCUGCUAGAAGGCGUGAAAUCUUCAAACGAGGCUGGGGGGCUGCUGUCUGAUGUCUUGCCGUUUUCGAAAUCUACUGUUACUUUUCUUUACCAUUUACAGUUGUAAUCUUUGAUUCUGUUUGGUUGUUCAACGGUACAAAACCAGAGUGGUUGGAAUAGAAAAACAAGAUCAUAUAUUCCCUAA